AUGAAUAAAAGCAGCCUGAGUUCAUCGAAAAUCAAACUGUUGUCUUCAGGUGCACCAAUAGAAGUUGUUCCGAACGAGAUCAUUUUCAAGGAUAUUCAGAUAAACCAGACUUAUGAAAUUGCUGUGUAUGUGCGCAACUUGACACAGACUGCCCGUAGGAUUCGAGUGUUUCAACCUCAUUCGCAUUUUAGAUGCGAUUAUGAAAUGCAAGGGUAUGACAAGGUCUCGAUAUUUAAUGUAGUGCAAUUGCAGCUGGACUUUCUAUGAAGUUAAUUGUCACUUUUGAAACAGCCACUCUGGAUACAUUUGCAGAUUCCUUAAAGAUCGUCACUGAUAGUCAGUAUAGCAUAAAUAUUCCAUUGCAUGCCUUUCCAGCACAAGCAGCGUAUUCCAAUAUAAUAAUAAAUAAGGAUUAUUUAUGAGCCAUUCAUAAAUCUGGGAUUUGUGAGAGUGGGCAAGGAGAAGGUCGACAAAGUCCAUUUUAAAAACGAAGGGAAGGCAGCAGGAAGAGUCGAAUUGAAAUUGGAUAAAAUCGUUGAAUUCCGAAUAGAACCCAAUUCAUUCACCCUUACUCCAGGACAGGAAUUUGCUGUCAACGUAUUCUACAGGCCAAGAGAGGCAGGCAUAUUCAGAGGCAUCAUCGAAGUCAUAGCCGAUGGCUAACAAACUGGAUUGAGUCUCAAAAAUCCAAUUGAUAUUAAUGCAACAUCAAUUGAAUUUACAAGAUUCCUCAUCGAUCAGAAUGGAACCCAAAGCAAUCACUUCAAUUUUGGCACCCUGUUCUAUGGAUAAUAAAAAUAAAUCGAGGCCUACUUGAUUAACAAUACACCGAGGCAAUAGAGAUUCAAGGCUAAAUUGAAAAAAGGAUUGCAUGAAAAAGAAGAGACCCUCAAACUACAGACACCAGCGGAACUAGGUCUUGAAUAAACCGAGAGAAUAAUGGAGUGUUGGCCAGACGAAGGAAUGAUUGAGUAAUAUUCCUAAGUGACAAUAAUAUUUAAGUGUAAACCCAAAGUCAGUGAGGAAUUGUAAGUCAGAACUCGUUAAUAUGCAUUAAAUUAAGACAAGAAAAUGGAAUAGGAGAAGUAUGAUUAUUCGGCUAUCUUUGACUUUAACGAUGAUGAACCACUGAUGAGUCAUCUCUCCGUUAAUUGCAUUUGUCCAUAGGUUAAAUUUCCCCCAACGUAAACCUUGCAAUUCGGACAGUGCGAAGCUAAUUAGACCAAGGAUAUUGUGUUUGAAGUGUAAAAUAUGUCUAAGGAAUAAUCUAUACUCGUUGGAUUCCCAACAAUUCCUUACUUCACUGUGAAUCCACAAUUAAAAUCAUUGGCUGUGAAUGAGAAGGUCAAUUUCUGGGUUAGUUUUAGACCUAAGCAUAUUGGUUAAUUUUCAAAUGUUCUCAAUGCUGAACUUCUUGGUGGAGUCUUCAAGAUUCCUAUUAAAGUGACAGGAGUAUGCUAACAGAUGUUGCCAAAACCAUAGUUUAAAAGGGGAGCUGAAUCUGAAAGAGCUACCUUAGAAAUUUCUAAAGACAGAUCCAUCUCUGGAAUUAUUAAAACAUCAACAGAUCAAGUAGUACAAUCUUUUGAAAUGUCUCAAUCUCUAGUUACAUUGUCUUAAUUGAGUAUGGACAAGAUUGAAGAGAUGAAAAAGCAUAAUAAAGAGAAAUAUAAUGAGUAUUUGAAGUAGCACAGAGAAAAGCGAAUUAAGAAGGAUAAGGACUCACAAAUAAAACUAAAAUUCAAGUAGAUGACUGAAAGGAUGGAUCAAAUGAAGAACGAAUCUUUGGUACUGAAGAAAAAGAAAUAACAAACUACAGUGGAGGACAAACUUGAUCCACCUAUUGAUUACGAGUUUGCGGUAGGAAUGCAUGACGAUGUUUACGAGCAAGACUUAAAUCUGCCAGAUGCGAAUGAGUCGUUAUUUGUGACCAAACCCAUCUAUCAUUAUGAACCUUAAACAAGAGUUAAGGAGGGGAAUGUUAUUAAACCAUUCGAUCCUGAUCCCAAGACUGUUCCUAAAAAGAAGUUUCCAAGUGAACCAAAAACUCAUGGUGAAAUUAGAGACACCACGACUGAAUUAAAUGCUCAAUAGUUACUCAAGAUUUGUGCUGGACCAGUUAAGAUGGAGUUUGGUAAUAUCUUUGUGAAAUCGAUGGCUGUCAAGUACUUUUAUGUUAGAAACGAGUUGCGUAGUUCAAUAUCUGCGAGGAUCUAUUCUGACAAGGAGGACUUGGCUAAUUCAUACAUGAAACCUUAGAUCAUCCCGAGUGGCUAGACUGCUGGAUUUGACGUUUGCAUUUGUUCUAAGCAAUUAGGAAUGUUCAAAUCACAUUUAAAAUACAUAAUCAAUGAGAAACACAUUUUCGAAUUAUAGGUUUAAGCAAUGGUGGAGAAGGUCUUCCUCGAAAUGAGUAGGUAGCAAUUGAAGUUGUCAUUCACAGAAGACAACGCAGAGAUGGAGACUUCUGAAAUCCUGAGAUUGACCAAUAAUGGCAAUGCUGAAGCUAAAUUCAAAUGGAUUACCUCAGACAAGAGACUCUUCUACGUUAAACCUGAGGAGGGAGUGGUUGCUUCAGGCAAACAUCUAGAAUGUUAGGUGUUCUAUCGACCCUCAUUUGGAGGUAGUAUCCAAUAUAUCCAGCAAUCAACAGGGUAGUAGCAACAAUAUACUGCAGCCACAACGAAAACAGAGGAAGACAAAAUAGUACUCAAAACAGACGAAGGCAUUGAUCAGACUAUCAAAUGUAUUGGCAUAGUUACUGAACCGAAGUGUUCCAUUAAAUAAGGUCAAUUGGACUUCAAAGAUGUGAUCUUGUGUAAGCCAGAGUCCAAAUUGAUUAGCAUUAAAAAUCAUUCUAAAUCUACUGCAGUUUUUGCUAUUAAAUCAUAGAUAGAAUGUUUAGAAAUAAUGCCUAUGAAAGGGAAGAUACUCUCAGAAGAAACCAAAGAUAUUCAGGUCAAAUUCUUCAGCAAAGAGGAGAGAUCCAUUAAAGGGGAUAUCGUCAUCCAAAUAAGAGGAGGUAAGAUCAUGAAUAUCCCCUUUUCUGCUACAUCAAUAAUCCCAAAAGUGGAAAUCGAGCAGGACAUCUUUGAAUUUGGGAAUGUUACCACUCUUGGAACCAGCAACUCGAUUCCAUUGACAUUUAUCAAUUCCUCUCCAGUGAGUGUGGAAUUAAUCUUGGAUUUGAGAACACAAAAUGAUAAUCCAAGAGCUCCGGAUGGAAUCGAGUGUUUGGAAAUUAAACCGCAAGAUGAAGAGGAACAAGUUAUGCAUUCAAUUCAUCCCGAUUAAGAGGAAGAUGAACCAAAAGAAGAGGACCCAUUGGAUGAUGUCUCAGAGAAGUCAGAACCAAUAGAAAUCGAAUAGAAGUAGUACAAACAGUAUACUAUCACCAUUGGAGGAGGCAAGACUCUCCAAUUUAAUAUGAGAUUCUCGCCCAAGGAAGUCAAAUAGUAUUCCUUCGAGAUCCCUAUUACUUUGGCUAGAUAUGGUCCAUUACCCACAUUAAUGAGGAAGGUGACUUGUCGAGGACUCAAACCUAAGUUUCUGGUAGAACCACAAUAAAUAGAAUUCAAAAAGAAGAUCAUCACAUCUCCAGAUAAGUGUUUCCCUACUAUAGAAGAAAUCAAACUAUCGAAUCCAGAUAGAAAAGAAGUCCAUUGGAAGAUAGAUUGUUCUUCACUGAAAUCUGAAAAGAUCUUUGCCAUUGAACCUAGUGAAGGUGUUGUGCCAAGUGGACAAUAAAUAAAAAUCAAAGUCAAAUUCAAUCCCUAUGGACCUGGGUAAUUCAAUGGAGCAGUACAACUAUACAUACUUGAGGAUCCAGAGAUCCCAUAGACUCUGCCCUAUGUCGAAAUCACAAUGAGUGGAUCAGGUGCUUAUCCAAGAUUGCUAUUUGAUAAAAAAGAAGUGAUAUUGCCUGUUGUACCUCUCAACGUGCAGUCGAGAUGUUAUUUUAGAAUCAUCAAUGAUGGAUAUGAGAAUUUGAAUCUCAAAUACAAUUGGGCUCAGGAGAUUAGCAAUUAUAAUUUGGAACUCAAAUUUCCUGAAGGCUCGACUUUGGGUGUUGCCAAGAAUAAAUUAACCGUCGAAGUAGUGUUUAGCAAUAAAAAACCAUUAAGUUUUACAACCAGAGUGGAAUUCAUUGAUGAAGCCAGAGUGUAUAUCAUCUACAUAUCAGGGACUACUGAUAAUUGCAUAUUUACGAAUCAGAGUUUUCUAUGGAGGAUGGGCAGAUAUCAAUUUGAAGUUGAAGACAAGAAACCCAUCAUGUAUGUAGAAGAUGAGAACUUAGAUUCAGACAACGAAAAGAAUCCCAAACACAAUUUCUCUGUCAAAUCCACGUCAUCCAAAGGAACUGCCAACCUGGGUUACACACCAAUUAGAAGGGACUUGUUAGACUAAGCUAACGAAUACAUUGUAAGAUGGCUUAAUUAUCAUGUCCUUACCACAAGCAUCAGUACAUACCCAGAAGAUGUGAUCAAUUCUAAUGGAUAACAAAUCUUUGAGCUAAUUUCUUUUCUAACUGGAAAAACCACAUUUCCUUAUAAAUAGAACAUAGACCCGAAUUGGAAGAAGUCUCAAAAGGCUGAUGUCCUCUACAAACAAUAUGAUGAACUAAUAAGAUAACUGAAAAUUGAGGGAGCUCUGCUCAAUCACAUUAGAUCUGAGUACUUACUAGGCUAUCAAGAUUAUUUGGCUUGGCUUAAAAAUUAACCUCCUUCCAAAUAUGAAAAUGUCCCAGAAAAUCUACUAAGAUUGAAUGUCACUAAGUACACAUAUAUUCAAUAUGACUCUUGGAUCUCACUAUUUUAUCAAAUCCUCAAGAUCUAUUAUCUGAAUAGAAUCACAGCCAAAUCGUUUAAGAGUCUGCCAGGAAUUCCUCAAAAUAAACUAGCUAUUCCUGAGUAUUACUUAGAGGGAUCCAAUGUGAUUUCUCAGCCUGAAGGUAUUCUAUUAUACUUCUAUGAAAUAUGCUAUGAGAUCUAGCAUUCUGCAUAUAAAAGAAUCAAGAAUUUUGAUUUAGAUUUUAGAGAUUCAAUCUUCAUCUCGGAUGCCUUAACCACAUUUAUCGGAACAUCGAUGUCUAAAUUUUUUGUUAAUUUGAGGAAUGUCUGCAAUAGUGAAGAUGAUUAUAAACAUAACACUGAGAAAUUGUUCCCAGCUUUACAAGAUUUCGGAUUAUAAUCUCACUUGUUGCCUCAAGAUGUUUAUCACCCCAAUUGUAGAGAAAUGGUCAUGAUGCUAGUGUAAUUCUUCUUCGCUUUGCCUUAUUAUGUGCCAUAAAAGGAUCCCAUCUAUUUCUCUUGUGUCUUGGGAGAAGAAGUCAUCAAGAGUAUCGAACUCAAAAACCCCACUCAAAAACCAAUUAGUUAUUGGGUUAAGUAUGAAGGACAUCCAGAUUUUCAACUAGAUGGAGACGAGAGCAUUAAAAUAGACCCAGACGUGCCCUAUUAAUACAAAAUUAAAUUCACAUCUCGUAUCUCUCAGCCUGUUACUGGUAGAGUGAUAUUCACAAAUAAAAAAGAGUCUAAUGUUUAAGCAGCUGCCUUGGUUUUUGAGUUGAAAUCAAGCAUAACUGGAAGGAAAUCCGAAAAGUAAUGGAAUGUGAGUUCUAUUUUAUACGAAAUUUUCGAUUUUCAAAUUUAGAUCACCAACAAAUUUUUGUUUGAUGGGGACUUUUAAAUUAUUAUCACUCACGAGAAGAAGCAAUAAGAUUAAUUGAAGAGGAAAGGCAAGCAAGUUAUAUAAUAAGCACAAUAAACGUAAGAAGAGGAGUUCCCUGCAUUCUUCUGUCAAUAGGAUAGGAUUAGAAUAAGGAAGAAUUAAACAAUAAAUCUCAUUUUAUAGUACAUCCCAUUAAUUAUGGAGACACAUAAAUGUUAGAUAGUAUUCACAGAUCCUCAAGUGGGAGAAUUCUAACAUGAUUUAUAAGGAACAGUGGAGUUGCCCAAUCUAUCUGGAGAAUUCAAACCUGAAAAGCUAUUAUAUGUUGAUUAGACAAUUCAGAUUCCCUAUUAAAUUCCGUUUAAGAAUGAAUAGAUAUUGCGAGCAAGAUAGUAGAUAUUACAAAUACUGUAAUAUAAGUAAAAGAUUAAAUAAUAAUAAAACAUCGCAGAUAAAACUAGUUCAUCUAACAAUUUCUUGAACAAUCCCAAUUUCCCUGGAGGCAAUUUGGACUAAAUUGCCUUUGAAUUAGAGGUAUUCCCAGCUACGCAAUACGUCUAAGUGCCCAAUGUUCUUAUUGUUGCAGAUAGUACUAAAAGAUCAACUGAUAGAAACAAUGACGGUAAAUUACCUAUAACUUAUGCCUUUAAAAAUGCCACCAAAGAUUUUAAUGUAAUCUUAACUCUAAAAAGUAAAUUUGAUAUCAGAAGGUAUAAGUUAACUGCUCAAGUGUUACCAAAGGUAGUCAAGGCUAUCUUAGAGUUUAGAAUACCAGCAAGACAAUAAGUGAUUUAAGAAGUACCAAUAGUAAAUGGAUCAGAUAAAGAUUGGGUUAUUAAGGUGCAAUUGACUCAAUCUGGAGAUAACUUAUUUUAAUGUCCGAACAAGGAGUUUAUGAUAAAAAAGAAAACUACUGGAUAAUUUCCAAUUACAUUUCAUCCUCAAUGGAUAGCUUAGAGUGAAGCCAAAUUGAUUUUGAGCAAUCCAAUUACGAAUGACAUGUUUGAGUAUGAUUUGAUCGGGAUUGGAGAAGAGCCAGUGGCUGAGGAACAUAUCAUAUUGAAUUGCACUCCAAGGAAGAUGCUAAAAAGGGAUAUAGAGUUGAGGAAUUAGACCGAUAAGUAAAUAGUCUACAAAGUUGAGACUGAUUUGAUCUAUGCAACAGGUUAAUCUUCGAUUACAGUGGGAGCAGGGAAGAAGGCCAUUUAUUCAUUGACAGUCCAACCAAUUUUAUCUGGAUAAUACACUGGAUCCAUAACAUUCACAGAAGAGAAUGGGAGGUAUCUAUGGUACACAGUUUUCAUGAAUACAGAAUCGCCUAAAUCAGUACAGACAUUAGAAUUAUCUUGUUUAAUCAGAUAGGCCACUGUGAUUUAAUUGACAUUGCAAAAUCCACUCCCGGAAACUGCUAUCUAUGAAGCAAUCAUCAGUGGCGAUGGAUUGAUAGGCGAAGAUUAGUUUGCUAUUGGAGCUAACAAAGAAGGUCCUUAUGAGUUGACCUUCGCUCCGCUUAAAGUGGGUAGAUGGAGAGGAAGUGUUGCAUUUGUUAAUAGGUAACUUGGAGAAGUAUGGUAUGAAUUCAUAUUGACAUGUGAGGAAUAGCCUGUGAUUAAAUUAAAUCUGUUGAAGGCAUCCUUGGGAAAGGUGGAAUAACAAGUAGUUUUACUUGAAAAUCCAUCUGAUCAAAAAGUAACCUUAUAAUCCAGAGUGAGCAACCCCACCAAUUUUGAUGUACUACCUGAUGAAUUAGUCAUAUAACCUUUUGAUUAUCUCAAAGUCAGCAUCAGAUAUACACCUUCCUCUUUAGAUCAAAUAGAACAAUCAGAAAUAGUAUUUACAUCAUCCAUAGGCAAAUGGCAUUAUUUAGCUUUUGGAAAUGGACUUCCUCCAACUAAAUUUUCGGCUGCCACUGUUAGUAUAGGAUUGAACAAGGAUUUCAGUUCAGUGGUUCAUUUUAAGAAUCCCUUCAAAGAUCCCAUUACAGUCAAAAUUGAUUUGGAUGCACAAGGUCACAAUAAAGACAUCUUUAGAUUGUUGACAAGCAAAAACGAUAAAGUUUUAGUCCCAGGAAUGAAUGUCUUGCAAAUUCCCUACUCAUUUGUACCCAGAGAAAUCACAAGCUAUUAUGCGGAAGUCAUUGUUCAGAUGAAUGAAAAGAUUUCUUGGGUUUUCCCCAUUAAGGGAGUCACUGAAAGUGUUUCCACUUAGACCUUGUUCCACUUCAAAGCCAAAUGCAGAGAUAAGUGGGAAGACGAGAUUAAAAUAGGUUUACAAGGCAUUGCUCAAACCUUGUAGGCGGAUGAUAAAUUUGAAUUCGAGUUAGGUAAUGUACCAGUGGAUCUACAACAAAUGAUUCAAAAAUGCUUUAGUGUUAAAUGUACUAAGAACUAUCUAAGCAACCCCCAUGAGAAUCUACAUUAUGCAGUACGAUUUCAACCUAUGAAACCAUUCAAAGCCAGUCUCGAAUUCAUAGUUUUGAGAUAAAGUGGAGGCAGAUGGAAGUAUUAUCUCAUCUCAUAUAUAUAUAGAUAUAAAAUAAUAUUAGAAGCCACGCCUCCUGACGAAGAUGAUGUCAUUAUCAUUAGUUCUCCUCUAAAUAAAACCACCAGUGUCUCCUUCAAACUCACAAACAAAACCAAAAACUAUGCCAAAUUCUAUGCAGGGUUCACUCCAGAUUCAGAUGCGGAAUUUUCCAUCAUACCCAAAGUUGGCGAUCUUGAACCUUACGGCAGAGAAGGGACAACCUUUGUCAUAUCAUUUACUCCAAUCGAAUAUGGCAAAAUAAGAAAAGGCAAAUUAAUCAUCUAGACUGAAGAGAUGUACUGGUACUACUUACUUCAUAUCUCCUAGGUCAUAUGUCAUCAAAGGAAUCCUCCCAAGAUAUGUGCCUCCUAAUAUCAAGCAUUCAUCUAUUGACACUCAUCUAAGUUAAUCUCUCAUUCAACAGUCAUCUCUUAUGGAUAUAUCCAAAAACUUUGUCAUUGACAACAUUAAAAAAGCCAGACAACUCACUCCUCCUUCAUCCAGAAAGCAUAUCUUAUAAGAAGCAUCCUUUUUAAAGAAAUGAG